AUGAUCAAUUAUCAUCAACAUCGACGAUAUAUUCUAAAUCAAUGUCUUCUUUCCAUAUUCAUUUUUAUAGUCGUAUUUCUAGUAGUUUCUAUAGCUUUUCUGUUUUUCUUUAUUCAAAAAGAAAAACAACAUGUUAUAAAAGCUGAUAUCAAUUUUCUAGACGCACGAAGUCGACGUAUUCAAAAAUUAUUCAAUAAAAUCUAUGGAAAUAUCUCUCAAUGGAAUUUAACAUUGUGUAGUCAUGCAUCCCAUCAUCGUGGACCACAUCAAAAAGUAAUUGCUAUUUCAGUUUAUGGAAAAGAAUCGAAAUUUACUAAUAAUCAAAUGUAUUCAUGGGAAACAAGUAUUAUACCAUUUUUUGAACUUCUUGUUAAUGAAAUUAAUACAUUACUUCCACAAUGGAUUUUACGUCUUUAUAUCGAUUUUUCUGGUAGUAAAAAAUCUCAACAAGAAUAUUUUUAUAAUUUUUCAAGUGUUGAUAUUUGUGAUAUGACUAAUAUACCUAUGUUUGGUUCAUCUUUACAUAAAUUUUUACCAGGUAAAAUGUGGCGAUUUUUACCAAUAUUUGAUCCCUAUGUUGAUUAUUUAUUAUCACGUGAUCUUGAUUCACCAAUAACUCAACGUGAAACAGAAACAAUCAACAUGUGGCUAUCACAAGAACAAGAAAACAAUUUUUUCUAUAUUGCUCGUGAUAAUAUUGAACAUGGAUUAUUUAUAUUAGGUGGUCUUUGGGGUGCAGCUUUGAUACGUGCUCGGCAUACUUUAGUUAAUAUUUUCAAGCCAAUGCUUAUACCAUCAAUAGUUAAGAAUUAUCAUGAUAGAGGUGAUCAGAGAUUUCUUAUCAAUUAUGUUGCAGGUCAUGUUAAAGAUAAUUCUCUAAUAUUUGAUAGUUACUUUUGUGAGAAAUUUGGUGGUCAACCAUUUCUUUCGCAACGAUCAAUGAAUGGUUGUUAUCUUGGAUGUAUAAGACCAUGUUGUAGUAAUGCAACAAAUGUUAAGUUUCAUGGAACUCAAAUGCCUUGUCCUAUCAAAUGUAGACCAAAGGAACAUCUCGAUUGGAUUUAUUGUUAA